AUGGUGAGCAGUGCCUCGGCAGCUGCUUGUCGGGGCGGGGACGCAGGCAGUGAUGCGCAAGCUGGAUCUGCUGUGCCAGUGCGAACAAGUCAACGACAGGCAGCCAAGCAUGUGGCUACGCUAAAAAGUGUUGAAGCUGCUAUUGAUACGAUGGCUCUGCCUUUGCUGCUCGAGGAUGGAGCGUCUUCUUCUGUGCUUGGAAGCGCAGAUUGUCGUCGCAGCGGACCAUUUUGUGACGGAGGAAGUAACAACAGUGGCGACGGUAGCAGGCGUAGUGUGAUCAGGACCCAGAUGAUUGCACGGGCAGCUCACGGACGUGGGGGCAAGGUGGCCAAGUCGCAGCAUCGCCGUGAGGUUUAUGAACUCCGUGUUCGCCAAGCUGCUCAUGCGUGCAAGCUCAAGAAGAGCAAAAAAACCAAGAGUUUCAAGUCACGCCCAACUGCUCGCGCGUAA